CUAGAUAAGAAAUUGAAAUCUUGUAGAUGUGGUUAUGUGUUUUGAUUCUGAGGUUUGUGAUUUUAAAUUUCAUUUGUCAAUUAUUUGGUUCACAAAAUUUUCUUCAAUUGAAUUCAGAUCCUCUUAACCCUUGUUAAGGUUUAUUUUGUGCAAGGAGAAUUUAUUUUCUCUUAACUUUAAAUAAGGUAGAAAUGGUUGUUAAAAUUAAGUGUUAAUUCUUCAUAUUUUGAACACCUUAAACACCUAAGAAUUGUUUAAUUUUAAAAUUUUCUUAUUUCCUUUUAAGUAGUAAGUGUCUAUUGUUGGAUCUUAGUACUGCUCCUUGAAACCGUCUACUAAUGACGGGCAGCAGAGCCAUGUAAGAAAAUUAAAAAGCAUCUUUAUAUAGGUGAGGAAUAGGUUCAUUUCAAAUGGCCAUGUCUUGAAUUUCCUUGCUCCCUGCACAUAACUCAGUGGCUAAAAUUGUAUCAUCUCAAAUAGUAAUUUUUGGUUGCAACCAAACUGUAGAGAGAUUUGAUCAUAUUUAAUUAAUGAUUUUGGUUGAAUUAUCUCACAUGGUAAAUUUUGUAGAGAGAUUUGAUCAUAUUUAAUUAAUGAUUUUGGUUGAAUUAUCUCACAUGGUAAAUUUUGAACUUUAAUUCCAGCAUUGAGGUGGUACAUGGAGAAAUUACUCAUUCUAUUAUGUUGUCAAUGUGACAUUUGAAUCAACUGUGAAUGGUGCAUCUACCAGUAACCAUACAAACACUAGUGGCUUAUCAAUGAUUUCCAAAUAUUACAACACACAUAACUAAUAAUUAAAUGGAAGCAAAAGAUAAUUUAUAAUUGUGUUAUAUAUUUAUUGAAAUAAAUUUGAUAGUUUCCAAUUUCAAUAUAAUUGUUUUUGUAAUUACAUGUUAUAAAUAAAGACUUCAAAUUACUGAAGGCAUCUGUACUUAAUUAGUUUAAAAAACCGGAGAUGAACAAGACUCUCACUAUCAGAACCAAGAACUUCAUGACAAACAAGCUCCUCAAGAAUUUUUUUUGGGUUAUAUUGUAGUAGUCUUGUAGCUUUCUAGUUGUCUUUUGUAAAACUUUUAUAUGUAGAAAUUGAGUACUAACAGUGACUAAUUGGUUUAUCAUUUUAUAGGGUAAAAAGAAUUAAUGUUUUAUUUACAUACUAGAGAUUCUAUUACAUUUAUAUUAUUUUAUGAGGUUGUUAUAGGUUUGGGUAAUUAUUAAUAUUAUCCCAAUAACAAUCAGUUUUCCUCAUGUCUUUUAUUCCAGUCCCAACGUAUCGAUAAGACAAAUGACAGAACAUUCAAUGAUAUGUUCUUUGAUAGAGGAGUUUACCAGAAGCAGUUUCCAAAUUCCAAUUGAACAGUCUUUGAGUCCAUAUUAGCUUUAAGGUUUAAACUCUAAAACUCCAUAGAAUCUCUAGUAUGUAAAUUGAAUGUUGGCCCAUCAGAGAUUUUUGUUAUUCAGCACAUCAAAAAAGUAACAUGGGCCAAGGGGGUGUAUGCGCAGUAAAUCGUUGUAGGCCCAAGGAGUUUCAGUCCAGUUUCCAUUCACAUUUUUUUAUCAGAUUUUCGUUCUUCCAUUUUAAUAAUUGACUUAAAAAUAAAAUAAAAAAUAAAACAAAAAGAGUUGAAACGGUGGCGUUUAGGUCUUGAGUUAUGACCAUUGAGCUUCAGUUCAACCUCGCUUCCUCACUCUCGUUCUAUCCCUUCCCUCUCCCUAUGCGAUUUCCGGCGAACCUCUACGCCGUAGACCACCGCCUCUACCCUUCUAAUCACCGAAACCUAGACACGAACCUACUUCAAUUCUAAGCCUAAACGCGAAUACGAACUCAAAUUUCCGGUCAGGCACGGGAUCAGAAGGUAAAAAUUGGAAACCCUAGGUAUCGGUACUCCCGGAUUCAAGCGUGAUUAUACGAAAUUGAAGCAAGCAAGAUCCUAUAUCAAUCAUAGAAGCAAGGAUACGAGUUUGAAGCGUAUAAAAAGAACCUGUUCAGGCGGCCUGAGCUCCCGGUGCGGUGGCGGAGAUUCCCGACCACCGCGAAAUCCAGAGUUUGUCACAGAGAGAAGAGAAUGAACAAAGGUGGACCAGGCGGCAGUGGGCCCACUACGGCAGCGGCUGCAGCUGCGGCUCAGAAGCAGAAGACAUUGUUGCAGAGAGUGGAAGGUGAUAUUGCCAACAUUGUUGACAAUUUCAGCCAACUUGUCAAUGUUGCCAGGGUAAAUGAUCCACCUGUUAGGAAUUCACAAGAGGCUUUUAUGAUGGAAAUGCGAGCUGCUAGGAUGGUCCAAGCUGCUGACUCUCUACUUAAAUUGGUGUCAGAGCUGAAGCAGACUGCAAUAUUUUCAGGAUUUGCUUCUCUUAAUGACCAUGUAGAACAAAGAAAGGUUGAGUUUAACCAACUGGCAGAAAAAACAGACCACACACUGUCUAGGAUUGGAGAGGAAGCUGCAGCUAGCCUUAAAGAACUCGAAUCCCAUUAUUCUUCUUCUGCGCAAAAGACUAUUCAAGAUAUACAACAACCAUAAUUGAGACUCUAUCAAUGCUGCAUGCACAUGUCAUUAAAUCUAAGAUAUCAUUAGCAUAGAAAGUAGAUUGUAUUUUUUGCUCUUUCUUUUGGAAAGUGAGUCUUGACACAAUGGUUAGAGCUGUCUGUGUGACGAGGAGGUUGUAGGAUCAAGUUGUGGAAUCAGAUUUUUGCAAAUAUAAGACAAGGCUGCCUUACAACAUAUUUUCAAUGGGAUUUGCAAUAGAGUUAAAAUUUA